AUGAUUCUCGUGCUAAUUUUCAGACUGCUCUCAAUAUUGAUUGUUCGCACUUCCACUGACUUGGCCGAGGAACAUGCUCCUAUCGCGCGAACCCUUACCGAGGCACUGUUGGCACCUGAACGAUUGCGUAUUCUCACGCAUAUACUUCUCACAAAAUCGGUUGAGGCAGUUAAGUCAGCUCUUUCACUUCUAGCCUGUAUACCAACGGUCAGCAUCGAGGCAGCACAUGAUCUGCUGCGAAGUUUGGACUUCGGGGUGCAAAGCUUUUCGCUAUGUUCCCGAAACCGGAAUCUAAAAGAUGAUAAUGAUGUGCGUACUUGCUUCGUGAACCUCAUAUCCGCUUUCUUUUUUACAAACUCCAACCAGAUUAUUCGCGACUUGGUGAAUAAAAAAGAUGCUUUGGCUCUCCUGCUUAAUGGAAUAUUCACUGAUAAGUACCAGAAUCUGAUGUUGAUAUUACAGUUACUGACGCAAAAGAUUAUUUAUAAUUGUUAG